UGGUUCUACUUGCCCAAACGACUACCAGAGACACGCCCAGGAAGUAAAUUGCGAAGUAGUGCGAGUUUGCAAUGGAGCUGGGGGAGUUGAGAAAUCGAUAGAUUCAAAUUGUCACGUUAUGUGUUUGUUGUAAUUUAUUGUGUUAGAGAACACGAUGCGUGUUUACUCACUCGAAUCAUAAUGCUAGGAGAUGGCGGUAGUGUGUCGAUGUAGGUUAUGUUAGAAGAGCACGGUGCUUAUAGCCACAGAAAAUCAACAGGUAGCCAGCAGAUUGCUCUCGUGUUUACUUAACGCUGGCUCUCAACACCAAACAGGAAUGCGUUACUAAUAUUUCACUUUCCCCCACUGUGUCUUCAACUGCCUAUUGGAUUUAAACAUGACGCCUGACCUCCUGAACUUCAAAAAGGGAUGGAUGUCAAAGCUUGAUGAAAAUGGAGAGUGGAAGAAGCACUGGUUUGUGCUGACUGAUGCCGGCCUGAGGUACUACAGGGACUCUGGAGCGGAGGAGAAAGAUGACCUGGACGGGGAGAUUGACCUGAAGUCCUGUGUGAAAGUGUCUGAGUUUGAUGUGCAGAAAAACUAUGGCUUUCAGCUACACACCCGGAACACGGUGAUCACACUGUCGGCCAUGACGGCCGGUAUCAGAAGGAACUGGAUCGAGGUUCUGAAGAAGAACAUUCAGCCCAGUAGCUCUCCGGACCUCACACGGCUGCCCGACAGUAACAGCGAUAAGGAGAACUCACAACACUCCCGUUCCCUGUCCUCUAGCCGACGCCUGCCCUCCCACUCGGACAACGCCAACAGCACCGCCGCCCCCUCAUCCAACCCCCCGCACCAGCACCGACGCUUCGACUACGUGGAGCUUUCCCCCGUCACCGCCACCACGGGCCCGGGUUCGAGCGGCCAGAGGGAGGCUGGCGAGGGCCAGGUGAAGGCGGAGAGCGGCUCCUGGAGGGAGGAGUCGAGGGACGCCACCAGCAGCCAAUGGGAGGCUGUGCUGUCGCGGAAAGGCGUCGGGCAGGGCGGGGACGGCCGCGUGCGCAUCGAGGACGAGAUCGAGAGGAAGUGGGCGGAGUUUGAGCGUCUGCCCCUGAGGGAGAUGAGGUCGCUGCCCUCCAUGGGGUCUCACUCCGGCCCCGGUUCCGAUUCCGGUUCCGGCCCGGUGGGGGGUGGGCCGCCCUCCAGCGAGGCGCUACAGAGGGAGGUGGCGUCUCUGAGGCAGCAGCUCGAGCUUCUAAGGAAGGGGGGCGAGGGAGGGGGGGUUAGGGGGGGUAAGGAGCAGCGAGAUGGAGUUGGAGACGGAGGUAUAGGAGGAGGUGGUGAGUGUGGGCCUCUGGCUUCGUGCGGUAAGAGCCUGAGGAGCAUGGAGCUGGCCCACCGGCACGCGCUGGAGGAGCUACAGAGACUGCAUGCACGCGAACUGCUGGAGAUGCAGCAGGAGAGGGACCGCCUACUGCAGGAGGAGACACAGGCCACCACCAAAGCCAUGGAGGUCCUGAAGAAGGCCCACCACGAGGAGCUGGACAGGGAGCUGGAGAAGGCGCGGAGGCGGGCCUCAGCCGGGGCGGACACGCAGGCCCUCGGGACCCAACAGCGUGCGGAGGUGGCGGCUCUGGAGCGGGAGCUGCAGGGUCUGUCUGAACGCUACUCCCAGAAGUGCCUGGAGCUGAGCCGUGUGGAGCAGAGCGGGGAGGAGCGCCAGAGGGAGGUGGGCCGCAAGGUCCGCGAGAUGGAGCUCCUCAAGCAGGAGAACCAGGACCUGCAAGCCCGUCUGACUGAGGAGAUCAACCGUAUGCGCACCUUUGUCUCGGGCAAGGAGCUGGAGGGCCUGGCGGACAGCAACAGAGACAGGAAAGCAUGUGAAAUGGAGGUACUGCUGAGGGUGAAGGAGAAUGAAGUGCAAUACUUGCAGAAGGAGAUCAGUUGCCUGAGGAAUGAAAUGCAAUGUCUUAACUUGGAGAAGCAUUCAGCGAGCGAGCGCUGUAAGGAGAUGCACGAGGAGCUGAGCGGCAUGAAGAGCAGGAGCGAUCGGGAGAUCCAGAGCCUGCGGGAGCACCUCAAGCUGGCCAUGGCGGCCUUGCAGGAGGGCCAGCGGCUGGGCAACAGCCUGGAGCACUGAGGGCCCCUCCCUGGAGCCCUCCUGGAGCUUCACCCAGUAACACAUUAUGGUCACGAGCUUGCUGUUUCAAGAGGACUUGAAGCCUCGAGGACCACAUUCACCGGCGAUGCAGAUGUUGAAAGUGCCUUUGCUUUCCAAACAGCCACGCAGCUGCAAAGACUGUCAGCUGAUCAGUCAUACACUGGGUUGCCCAAACAUGCACUUUCCAAACAGUUUUUUUUAAAAUAGCGGUUUUAUUGUGUGAGUUGUGUGUAUGCGACUGUGCACACGUGUGUGUGAAUGCUUGGCCGCUUUUUUGUAGUUCACAAGCGCAAAAGCAUGGCAAUAGUGGUUGCAGUCUGAACUCAAAGUGUGACUGAUGACCUAUAAACUGGACCGUAGUAGUUUUUUUUCUCCAUGUCAUGGUCUGUAUUGACUGCAUGGUGUUACUGCUGUGCAUGAUAAGUCUGAAGACCACAAGACCACCAGCGUUUUACAGACGGACGUCAGUGCGGAUGGCCCCACACAGAACACAUUCCUUCAACAUUGUUUCCAGAAGAAACUGAAAGCAGUGACAUCAAAGACCUUGUCUGUAUAACAGACUUUCACUGCAGAUGGUGAAAACUGGUAACUGGGGGACAAUUCCACUUCCAGCUUCCAUCUACUGUGAUUUCCUUGCAGGGUUCCUCAGAUCAAGUCAUUUCCUUCAAAACAAAACAAAAACUGCCUGAGAAGCCAAACGAAUGUUUCUGUCACAACAUGUGCGUACGUAACAACCUCCUACCCCAUCCCGUCUCAUUCCCUAUUUAUGUGCUUUUAAAUUUUUUUAAUUUUUGUACGUUUUGUGCAGGAUAAUGGUCUGUGGUUUGUUCUACUCAUUUGAUGUCAAAGGUCCACAUUUCAGGCUGAGGUAGAGCAUGCUGUGGUAAACAGUCUACAUGCCGCCAGACCUGCCUUUUGCCUUUGGAUGUUGUUUGUGGGUAUACGUUGUGUGUGCCACCACAAGCUAGUGUUGCUUCAAUGAGCCAAUGUUUUUUUCUUUCUUUCUUAUUUUUUGUUUUUAUUUUUUGCUGAUCUAGUUGGCAGUCGUUUUUUUGAAAAUUUCAUAUUUAAUGUAGGGUGUCCUUUUAACAUACCAGCAUUUUACAAUAAAACAAAACAAUAUGUA